AUGUUGGCGCUGUCGCACUCUCAGUCGCGGGCCUCCCUGCUGAUCAAGACGCUCGUGCAGCCUCGAGGACCCGGACAUGGAGCGCGGGCCCUGGGCUCGACGCGAUCGUACACCGCCGGCAGCCUCAAGAUCAACGCAGCGAGGAUGAUGGACAGCCUGCACGAGACUUGCAAGUGGGGAGCCGCGCAUCCUUACGGAUCGGGCCCCACGGAGACGGGAAUGAGCAGGCUCACGCUCGAUGACAACGACUUCAAAGCCAGGCGGUGGCUGGCCAAGGAGGCAGAGAGCCUCGGAUGCACCACAAAGGUCGACAAGAUGGGCAACAUGUUCAUGUUCCGCCCUGGCAAGCAUCAGGGCCACGCGACGGCCGUCGGAUCCCACCUCGAUACCCAGCCGACGGGCGGGCGAUACGACGGCAUCCUCGGCAUCCACGCGGCGCUCGAGGCCUUUCGUACGAUCCACGAAAACAAGCUCCAGACCGAGUACCCGCUCUGCCUUGUGAACUGGACCAACGAGGAGGGCGCGCGCUUCCCUAAAUCCAUCACGGGCUCGUCGGUGUGGAACGGCGACCUUGCCCUCGACAAGGCGUGGGCGUUGCAGGAUGUCAAGGACGCGUCGAUAACGAUGCGGGACGAGCUGGAGCGGGGUGGCUUUCUGGGAGACGUCGAGGCGAGCUACGAGUCCAAUCCGCUCGCCGCCCACUUUGAGCUGCACAUCGAACAAGGUCCGAUCCUCGAGUCGACCGGCAAGAAGGUCGGCAUCGUCCAGGGCGGCCAGGCGUAUCGGUGGAUCGACGUCAACGUCCACGGACGAGACUGCCACACGGGAUCGACGCCCUUUGAGACGCGCUCGGAUGCGAUGCUCUGUGCGUCGCGCAUCAUUGUCGAGAGCAACCGGAUCGCCAAGGAGCACGGCGGUCUUGCAAGCACGGGCAUCCUGCGGCUCUCACCCGGCAGCGUCAAUACAUGUCCCGGCCACGUCUUCUUCACGCUCGACAUCCGCCACCCUUCGACUGAAAGGCUCGCUGCACUGACGUCAGCCAUCGAGGCCCGUUCGCGUGCGGUGGCCGGGACGGGGAGCGAGCGAGGCUGCCGCCUCGAGUGGCUCGAGACCUUCCACAGCCCUGCGGUCGAGUUUCAUCCGGACUGCAUCAGCAGCGUCCGAGAGGCGGUCGAGGCCAACUACGGCGCCGAGUCGGGCAUCGACGUCUUCAGCGGUGCUGGUCACGACACGUGCGCCACGAGCAAGAGAUGUCCAUCCUCGAUGGUCUUCAUCACCAGCCGCGAUGGUGUCUCUCACAACCCGCUCGAGUACUCUUCGCCCGAAGACUGUGCCAUCGGAGCCCAGGUCCUCAUGGACGCAGCGCUGGUGUACGAUGCGCGCAGGACCGCGUAG